CCAUCCCCAAAACUAAACCCCGCCCUAUCCCCCAAACUCAAAGCUUCAUACAAACACCAUUCAGUGCUUAAACACCCAGGCGAAGAGUGGAUAUGGCGGCAAGGGUGCAACACUCCCUUCAAUUUCAGAGAAACAGCAUAACCGCCUUCUUCUUCUCCUCCUCAUCAUCGUCUUUUUCGAAUUCCAUCAACAAAACCCAAAUCAACUUCCGUUCAAAAUGGUUCUCACCUUCUUCCUCUUCUUCCAAAAGAUCAGGAGCCGCUUUAUACUGCACUUGCAGUAGCAAUUCAGAUUCUACAGAUUCAAAUUCAACACCCAUGCUAGCAAAAGAAGAUCCCUUUAUCCUGACGACUCCUCUUUAUUACGUCAAUGCUCCUCCUCACAUGGGCAGUGCCUACUCCACCAUCGCUGCCGAUGCUAUUGCUCGAUUUCAGAGGCUUACCGGAAAGAAGGUUAUAUUCAUCACGGGCACAGAUGAGCAUGGGGAGAAAAUAGCUACUGCCGCCGCUGCAGGUGGCUCAACCCCAAACGACCACUGUGAUGCAAUUUCACAAUCUUAUAGAGCGCUUUGGAAAGAUUUAGAUAUAACUUAUGACAAAUUCAUUCGCACUACUGAUCCUAAACAUGAAGCUAUUGUGGAAGAAUUCUAUUCAAAGGUUCUUGAGAAUGGCGAUAUCUAUAGAGCUGAUUAUGAAGGACUAUACUGUGUCAAUUGUGAGGAGUAUAAGGAUGAGAAAGAGUUGCUGGAAAAUAAUUGCUGUCCAAUGCACUUAAAGCCAUGUGUCUCAAGGAAAGAGGACAAUUACUUUUUUGCCCUUUCAAAGUAUCAGAAAAGAUUGGAAGAUAUUUUAGAGCACAAUCCAGAUUUUGUACAACCAAUGUAUCGUUUAAAUGAGGUUCAAAAUUGGAUGAAAAGUGGGCUAAGAGAUUUCUCAAUUUCCCGAGCUUCAGUGGAUUGGGGUAUUAGGGUUCCUAAUGACCCAAAGCAAACUAUAUAUGUCUGGUUUGAUGCAUUGUUAGGUUAUAUAUCAGCAUUAUCAGAGGACCAAGAACAACCUAGUUUACAAAGAGCAAUAUCCUCAGGUUGGCCUGCUUCUUUGCACUUGAUUGGAAAGGAUAUAUUGCGUUUUCAUGCAGUUUAUUGGCCAGCUAUGCUGAUGUCAGCUGGGUUGAGCCUUCCCAAGACUGUAUUUGGGCAUGGGUUCUUGACAAAGGAUGGGAUGAAGAUGGGAAAGUCACUUGGGAAUACUCUUGAACCGAAUGAGUUGGUUCACAGAUUUGGGUCUGAUGCUGUCAGGUAUUUUUUUCUGAGGGAAGUUGAAUUUGGAAAUGAUGGGGAUUACUCUGAGGAACGUUUCAUUAAUAUUGUCAAUGCACAUCUUGCCAAUACCAUUGGAAAUCUUCUUAAUCGUACACUUGGACUUUUGAAGAAGAAUUGCCAGUCAACUUUGAUUGCUGAUUCGAGUGUUGCAGCCCAAGGAAAUGUCUUCAAGGACAAUGUAGAGAAGCUGGUUGAAAAGGCAAAGAUUCAAUACGAAAGUCUGUUGCUUUCAUCAGCUUGUGAGAGUGUGUUAGAGAUCGGAAAUGCAGGGAAUCUUUACAUUGAUGAGCACGCACCAUGGUCUCUUUUUAAAAAAGGAGGCACAUCUUUUGAUUCAGCUGCAAAGGACCUUGUGAUUAUAUUAGAAGCAAUGAGGAUUAUUGCGGUUGCAUUGUCCCCUGUUGCACCAAAUUUAUGUCUCCGAAUUUAUCAGCAACUUGGAUACACCCCAGAACAAUUCAGUGCCACCACCUGGAACGAUACGCAAUGGGGUGGGCUCAAGAGUGGGCAAAUCAUGGCUCCACCCAAUCCCAUUUUUGCUAGGAUCGAAAUCCCGUCAGAAUCCGAAGGUGGGCCCCCCGUGGAGAAGAAAGUUUCCAAGAAGAAAGAAAAGUUGCCUCGGACUCAAACUCAAACUACUGUUGGAGCCUAAUCCGAUUAUCCCAAGGUGGGGCCCCUGGAGAAAGAAAGUUUCCAAGAAAAAAGAAAAGUUGCCUCGGACCCUGGAGCCUAAGACAAAACUACGCUUUCUUUCUCGACUGUUUGUGCCUCGUGAAUUUAUGUCAUGCAUUGUUGAGUUGUACUGUACAAAUACAGAAUGCACUUUUCCAAUAUCAUAUAGUCUAGAUGAUACAUACAACGUAAUCAUGUUAUAUUGACUUGUAGGUUAUGCAAUAAAAGUUGUAACCUAGGUUAAACACUUAAUGGUUUCUACAUGUUCGUUAACACUGAUAACAUUCAUGAGAGCGCUACUAUAAUCGAACUUAAAAUCUGUUAGCCCACAAAUCUCUAUUUUUUUAGCUUCAUUCUUCUUCAGAUCAUACAAGAACACAUAGAACGCCUUCAUUAAGCUUCUCUCUGCAAAUAUCAACUCGCCGGAAAAUGUGGUCCCGGCAAAUUUGAAUCUCCGACGAUCGUUUAUCUCACUACACAUCCCUGGAAUCUCCACGCGCUUCUUCAACCAUUUGGCAUCUUCCUCGUCUAUCAGUACCCACAUCGACAGUAUGUUAUCUUGGUGGUGAACUAUAGCCAAACGCUGAUCGAGUUCGAUUAGAACAGCUUCUUCGGAAUUGGAAAUCGCAUCAUCAGGAAUCUGAAUGAAUCGGAAUUCUUCACGAUUGACGUCAAACGCGACCAUUACAGCUUCUUCCGAAGCUGUCACACUCGUGAGAGCCCUGAAGUAGAUCUGGCCGUUUAUACAGACACUCUCGUUGAAAGGGAAAUACGGCGGGCCGUCGGCGAUUCUCCGCCACUUGUUGCAACCUGCUCCGACGGUGAAUAUCUUGUGUUCCAUGAUCAUCUCGUCUUCGUGACAUGUGAUCCAUGUGUCGAGCACCUUGUGUGCAUUGGAUACCGGGUCAAACCCGAAGGCGUUUCUCCGGUGAUGUGUUGACGCCGGAGACAGUGGAGAGAUCUCCGCUUUCGUCCAUGGAAGCUUAAGGAAUUUACGAGUGGAAGGAUUGCAAACACACAUAGCUCCCAGAUUGAAGCAGAUAAGGCCAUUUAGAGACUGUGAGACGAAGGGGUGGGCGAAUCCAGGGAUUGUAAGGAUGUGAGUUGGGUUUGGUAGGGAUUUGGUUUGGUUUGGCGGAAUCUUGACGGAGAAGACGGUGCGUUCGGAGUUAAAGCGGUUGAUGAAGGAGAGGACGAGGGUGACAGGAGCUCCGGCGCCGGCGGAGGAGUUGGAGAGGUGGAACUUUGAGAAAGAUGGAUGGACAAUGGUGGAAUUCCAUCGGGUAGAGACGGAGCGGAAUCGGGUCAAUGAUUUGACGUCGAGUCGUGUGAGUAUUUCGGAUACCAGUUCAUGUGGAAUGUAUUCGGGUCGGGUGUUAUCUUCUUCAUCCAUUUUUCUCUCUCUUCACAUUCAG